CUGACGUCACGACGCAUUGACUGGUGUUUUUUGAUUUUUAAAGCCGAAACUUGAGUACAUUCAUGCAGUAGUUACACAGAUGAGUGUAAUACGUCUUUGCUGGAGAAUCGUAGAGGUCUGCAGAAGAUCAGAACGAAAACACAUGUGUGUGCCCGUUAGCUGAAGGAGGAUGAUAAUGAUGAUUUUUGCUGCUGGUGCUUUUAGCAUGAAUGCUAAUGUUAGCUGUCCUCAUUCAGCAUUUCUGUGUGUGUGAACAGCUAACAUAGCAGCUCACGGCUUUCGACUUCACUUCCAUCUCUUUUAGGGCAGGACAAUAGUAACUCUGAACUUGUGGCCGUCCAGGGAUUAUUCUGACACAGUGAGAGAGACGUGAGGAUGAGCGGCUGUGAGGAGCAGGAAGAGGCCUGUGAGUCUGGACGUCACCAGCUCUAACCUUCAUUCUAUCCUCUGCUGGGACUCUGAGUGACUGACAGCUGUCUGUAGCCAACAUGUCUGUGCACGAGGACUUAGAUCACCCGCGCUUCUUUGUGGGAGCUGAUGACGGCGAGGGAGACGAACUGCUCGAUCCAGGCAGAGUUCUCGGCUAUGACUGCCUGUACGAAAAUGUGGAAGAAGAGGAUGAAGACAAUGAUGAUGCUGAAUAUGAUUCGCCCCCAGAGAGACAGAUUGUGGUUGGUAUCUGUGCCAUGUCUAAGAAGUCAAAGUCCAAACCUAUGAAGGAGAUACUGGAAAGACUGUGUCUGUUCAAAUACAUCACUGUGGUUACGUUCGAAGAGGAAGUCAUUCUGAACGAGCCGGUGGAGAACUGGCCACUCUGUGAUUGUCUCAUCUCUUUCCAUUCCAAAGGAUUCCCACUGGAUAAGGCUGUGGCUUAUAAGAAGCUGAGGAAUCCGUUUGUCAUCAACGAUUUGGAUCUUCAGUACUUUAUUCAGGACAGGAGGGAGGUGUAUCGGAUACUGAAGGCUGAGGGAAUACAACUCCCUCGCUUUGCGGUUCUGAACAGAGAUCCUGCCAGACCAGAAGAAUGUAAUCUGGUGGAGGGAGAGGACCAUGUGGAGGUGAAUGGGGAGAUUUUCCAGAAGCCAUUCGUGGAGAAGCCUGUGAGCGCUGAGGACCACAAUGUCUACAUCUACUACCCCACAUGUGCAGGAGGGGGCAGUCAGCGGCUCUUCCGCAAGAUUGGCAGCAGAAGUAGCGUCUAUUCUCCCGAGAGUAACGUCAGAAAGACUGGAUCCUACAUCUAUGAGGAGUUCAUGCCUACAGAUGGAACUGAUGUGAAGGUGUAUACUGUAGGUCCAGACUACGCCCAUGCAGAGGCCCGUAAAUCUCCAGCUCUGGAUGGGAAAGUGGAACGAGACAGUGAGGGGAAAGAGGUCCGAUAUCCAGUCAUCCUCAAUGCCAGAGAAAAGCUCAUUGCAUGGAAAGUCUGUUUGGCUUUCAAGCAAACAGUGUGUGGGUUCGACCUGCUUCGUGCCAACGGCCAGUCAUACGUCUGUGACGUCAAUGGCUUCAGCUUUGUCAAGAACUCCAUGAAAUACUAUGAUGACUGUGCAAAAAUCCUGGGGAAUAUCAUCAUGAGAGAACUGGCUCCACAGUUUCAGAUCCCGUGGUCAAUACCUUUAGAAGCAGAGGACAUUCCCAUAGUUCCCACAACCUCUGGGACUAUGAUGGAGUUGAGGUGUGUGAUUGCUGUGAUUCGACAUGGUGACAGAACUCCCAAACAGAAGAUGAAAAUGGAAGUUCGACAUCAGCGGUUUUUUGACCUCUUUGAAAAAUGUGAAGGUUACAAAAGUGGAAAACUUAAAUUGAAAAAGCCAAAGCAGCUCCAAGAAGUGUUAGACAUUGCCAGGCAGCUGUUGGUAGAACUCGGCCAAAAUAACGAUUCAGAAAUUGAGGAGAGCAAAGCAAAGCUUGAGCAGCUGAAAACAGUCCUUGAAAUGUACGGUCAUUUCUCUGGUAUUAAUCGUAAGGUUCAGUUAACAUAUCUGCCACAUGGCUGCCCUAAAACGUCUAGUGAAGAGGAAGAUGUGCGGAGGGACGACCCUUCACUCUUGCUGGUUUUGAAGUGGGGUGGAGAGCUGACUCCAGCAGGCAGGGUACAGGCUGAAGAGCUUGGUCGAGCCUUUAGGUGUAUGUACCCUGGAGGACAAGGCGAUUAUGCUGGCUUUCCCGGCUGUGGCCUCCUCCGUCUGCACAGCACAUACAGGCAUGACCUGAAGAUCUACGCCUCUGAUGAAGGACGCGUUCAGAUGACCGCUGCAGCGUUUGCAAAAGGCCUGCUGGCAUUAGAGGGUGAGCUGACGCCCAUCCUGGUGCAGAUGGUAAAAAGUGCGAAUAUGAAUGGGCUGCUGGACAGUGACAGUGACUCCUUAAGCAGCUGCCAGCAGAAAGUCAAAGCGCGACUUCAUGAGAUUCUGCAGAAGGACAGAGACUUCACGCCAGAAGACUACGAGAAGCUGGCGCCCACCUCCAGCACCUCACUGGUGAAGUCCAUGCAGAUGAUUAAAAACCCUGUGAAGACGUGUGAUAAGGUUUACUCCCUCAUUCAGAACCUGACGCUGCAGAUCCGCCAGAGAAUGGAAGACCCCAAAUCAGCAGAUAUCCAGUUGUACCACAGUGAGACUCUUGAGCUGAUGCUGCGUCGGUGGUCUAAACUUGAGAAGGAUUUCAAGAUGAAGAACGGCCGAUACAACAUCAGCAAGAUACCUGAUAUCUAUGACUGCAUCAAAUAUGACGUGCAGCACAACAGUUCAUUAAAGCUCGACAACACCAUGGAAAUUUACCGGCUGUCCAAAGCACUGGCUGACAUUGUCAUCCCACAGGAAUAUGGCAUUUCUCAAGCUGAAAAACUGGACAUAGCCAAAGGUUACUGCACACCUCUAAUUCGCAAGAUCCGCUCUGAUCUACAGAGGACACAAGACGAUGACACUGUUAAUAAACUGCAUCCAGUAUAUUCCAGAGGAGUCAUGUCUCCAGAGCGCCACGUGCGGACAAGACUUUACUUCACCAGUGAGAGUCACGUACACUCACUGCUGUCGAUCUUGCGCUAUGGAGCCCUCUGUGAUGAGGCCAGAGAUGAACAGUGGAAAAGAGCCAUGGACUACCUCAAAAUAGUCAGCGAGCUAAACUACAUGACACAGAUAGUCAUCAUGCUGUAUGAAGACCCAAACAAGGAUCCUUCAUCAGAGGAUCGUUUCCAUGUGGAGCUUCAUUUCAGUCCUGGAGCUAAAGGCUGUGAAGAAGAUAAAAACUUGCCAUCUGGAUUUGGAUAUAGACCAGCAUCUAGAGAGAAUGAGGGCUCCAAGAAGAAAUCCCAUAAUGACAGUGAUGAGGAGGCCGGUGGUGCUAAACGUGAUGAGCCGGAUCGAGCUCUCAUGAUGUUCCGCCCCAUGGUGUCAGAUCCCAUCUACAUCCACAGGAAGUCCCCUCUUCCCCGCUCCAAAAAGAUCGGCUCUGUGGAAUCCCCAUUGCAGAAAGACUUUAUCAAGACGCCCGCUGGCAAAGAAGAGAGCCCCCUGAGUGUGUCUAGCCCUGACUCUAUAGGUACCUGGAUUCAUUACACCUGUGGUGUUGGUACUGGGCGUCGAAGACGCAGAUCAGGGGACCAAAUAACUUCCUCCCCAGUCUCCCCCAAAUCACUGGCUUUCACAUCCAGUAUUUUUGGCUCAUGGCAACAGGUUCUGUCAGAAAACAACAGCCACAGCAGACCCAGCAGACUGCACGCGGAUCACAAGCUUACCACUGGAAUAGGGUCUCAUUGUGCUGGCUUGUUUAGCACCAUGGUGCUGGGCGGCUCCUCCAGUGCACCUAACCUACAAGAUUACGCUCACGCACACCGUAAAAAGCUGACCUCCUCUGGCUUCUUAGAUGAGGCUACGCGUGGUUCUGCUGUAAAAAGAUUUUCUAUCUCAUUUGCGCGACACCCAACCAAUGUGUUUUCCAGUAUGUUCAGUGGUUUUGAGUUGUACUCCAUGGUUCCUUCAAUCUGUCCCUUGGAGACCCUCCAUAAUUCCCUGUCUCUCAAACAAGUGGAUGACUUCCUCGCCUCCAUAGCCAUAUCUCAUGAUCCAAUACUGGAAAUAUCUGCAUCCUCCCCAGCUGUGCCCACAAAGAAGGCUCCUUUGAACACUUACACUCCAGCAAAAGUUUUGCCCUGUCCUUUCACCCAAUCUCUUGGCAAGAAGACGUGCUCACCAGAGAGGACUGUAUCAGAUCAAAAUGAUUUUCCAGCUAGAAAACCCAGAGCCGUUUCAGAGCAUGGUGCGAGUUGUGGCAAAACCUCACACCCAAGCUCAGAGACCAAACAGCCCAACCCUGCUCCCAGCAUUUCCAUCCUUCUGCCACCUGAAUCUCAUGACUCUGCUGUUAAAACCAAACAACAAUCCUCAUCCAGUGGCACAGCAAAACACGAAACCCCUGCUCUAGAAAACAAGAGUGCUGCAAAAACCACGUCAGGCUUUUACACAUGACAUCCAUCUGCAAACCCCCAACCAGGGCACAAGUCGGCUAUCAAAGCAGGUGACCACAUGCCAUGGUCCAAGCUCAUGGACAACCGAUACAUAUGUUAACUGGACCCAGUGAACCAAAACUCACUGCGCAUGUUACAGGACUCACUUCGUUAUUUUUAGUGACAAGAAUUUGUCAUAAUUAGCUAUACCUUUAUUUGCAUUGAAAGGAAUAUCUGACGGAAUGUUUGAUACCAAAAGACAGUCCACCAAAAGAGAUCACAUUGUUGUAAUUACAAUCAUAUCGUAAGCUUAUUUAGCUUUUCCAUUCACCUUGAAUGGUUCCGAAGAAUGUGUUACAUAUAUCUUGUAUAUUUGAAUGUUAAAAUGUAAAAGCUCACAUAGAAUUUACUUGUCAUAGUAUGACAUGUUGCUGCAGCUGGUUUUAAUUCUUUUGGAAUAUUUAAUGAAUGCAGCAGUUUCUGGGGCCUCAUCAAACAAGGUCCAAAGUGAUAUUUCUUGUUUAGAAACAUAUUUUUAAUGCAUAUAUUUGAUUACAGUCAGACUGUGCACUUCUUUCCCUCCACUGCAGCUGACAUCUGCCUUAUGUUAUCAGUUACUUUUCCAUCAAACUGAAAUAAAACAUAAAUGUUGUUAAAU